GGCAGCGCACACCUGAGACUCAUUAGGAGCGUGCAUUUUCCAGCCAGCGCUCACUUUAAACACAGGCUUGGCCUUGCUGGAAUCACAAAGACAAUGAACUCCCUACAGUUGUCGUUCAUCGUUUUCAUACUGGUGCCUCAUACUAUAUCGUUUGGACGUUGCGACGACAUAUCCUUCUCAAUCUGCUGGAUGAAUAAGGGCGAUGCUCUGGAGAGGCAGAAUGGGAACAUAUGGCUCAACGAUACGGCACUAAAAUCCAUCAGGAAGGAGGGUAAAGUUACCUCCCUGACUGUGCCCCCAGCUGUAGAUAACAAGCUAACACUGCAGUAUGGAGGCUCUGUUCAAGCAUGGACUUUAAGUAUCACCCCGCGUACUAAGUACACUAAAGUCAGAGGCCGGCAGAAACCCGUUGAGCAAACAACAAAUGCCACUAAGGGCUUCUUGGACUUGAUGAGUCCCACAGAGGUGUUUGCAUGUGAAAAUGGAACAUUAUUCUUCCACCAGGAUGAAAACUUCUUCCUUGCGAUUGGCCACACUAUGCGUCUCCCUGUCAAGCUGGAGUCCAGGACUCCCUCCAUGUUGCUGGUCUCGUGGGUAGAGAACCGCCCAGCGGUCAGCAGCAGCAGCCACACCGUGACCCUGUACUACACUGAACUGGGCUCCUUUAACACACUCAGCACGGACUUCACCACCAACAACCACUACCGCUUCACAGCUCUGGACGCCUGCAGUGCCUAUGUGCCCUGUGUGGAGACUGCAGGCACUCGCUCCCUCACUUGCCUCUCUACUAUUACCGACCCAGACCUUCCCAAGGACUUUGAGGUGAAGUCAUGGAACAGCAACAGCAUAUCGUUGGCCUGGGACUGCCCUGAGAAGUUCUCCUUCUUCCUCCUCACCGCCUUCUACCUCAACGGUGCGGACCACGUCACAGAGGAGGUGCUCUUUUUGCUGAAGGACAGCUUUGCGUUCGUCUUGUCUGACCUGGAGCCCUGUACAAGGGUUCAGUUUGGCCUGCAGACGGUUUGCCAGGCGGGGAUGGAGUCCCGCUACAGCAAGAUGGUUCCGAACGAUGGAAACUCUGCGCACUCCAGCAUCCAGGCCUUGCGUCAGACAUCGUUCGGCCCCGACAACUACACCCUGAGCUGGGAGGUGAGGAACACCUCGUCCAUCUCCAUGUUCAGACUCUACCACGAGGGAGUGAUGCAGGGCACCACGCUCAUCACCAGCGUCACCGUGGGGGGGCUGCUGCCAUGCCAACAGUACCAGGCCAAGGUGGAGGCACUGUGUGGAGACGACGUGCUCAUGAGCACCAAGACGGUCACAGCACACACAGGACCUCACGGUGUGUCUGAGCUCAGAUAUCGCUCGAACGACUCCACCGCCCAGUGGAUGCCACACACCACCCACCAGCCAGCUGUGGCCUUUUUAUAUGAGCUGUCUCUGGAGAACGGCACCACCGUGCAGAGCAGCCGCGUGACCGACCCAGAGCUGCGUCUCCUGGGGCUGGAGGAAGGGAAGACCUACGUGCUCGACGUGUGGGAGGAAUGUGACGGACAGUGGGAGUCGAAACAUUCCCACGUGGGUUUUGAGGGAUCAAAUACCUCCUUCGAGCUCCAUAUGAGGGCUGCUGGACAUGUUCUGGACGAAGUUCUGCAGUUUGAUUUCUCCCUUCUGGGUCUCACAAUGGUCAUGCCCUGGUCCCUGCCUGAGGAUCUACAGGAUCACGCGUCUGAACCAAGAGCUAAAAUGGAGAAGAUUUACAAAGAUAAGAUGCAGGAGCUGUUGAAAGACUUUAGUCAGCCAGCCCGCGUUGAGCUGGCCUCCUUUGAGUCUGCAGACGAGCCAGAUAAAACAGAGAUUCUGUUUAUGUCUUUUGAUGCAUCCCAAACUGAAGGAGACGUGCCCCUGUCUGUUGAGGAUCAGCUGGAUUACAUUCACUCCCUGAAGAUUGACAACAUAACGGUCACAGAUGGGGUCAUUCACUGGAAGGGUCCAGAUCUGUGUGCUUCCUCCAGGCGAACUUUGUGUCCUCGUAACUCUCUGUGCAUCAACACUCUGGGCUCCUACACCUGCGUGUGCCAACAUGGCUACUACGACGUUAGCUCCUUUAUCGAGCCUCCUGCAGCUUCAUAUCCAGUCUGCAACGAAAAAGGCCUUUUCAGCCAGUGUCUGGAUAGAAUGGUGACCGGUGGAAUAGCAAAGCCCUACCUGACUUCUUACAUCGGGGGAGAGGUUGACGUGAGGCUGAACGAUGGGCGGUGCACUGUGGAUGAGAGUGAGGUGUUCUACUACUUCCGCACCUCACGAAAAGCCUCCAAAUGUGGAACUCGGAGGCGGGUGAACAAAACCCACAUCGAAUUGCAAAACAAUCUGGCUGUGACCUUGACCAGAGAGCAAACCAUUAGCAGGCGGGAUCUAAAAGUCGUCUGGAAGUGUGUCUACCCACGAAACUAUGUUCGCAACGCUCAAGUCAGUGUGGACAUGGAGUGGCUCUCGUCCAUUUCCCUGGUGGAGUUCAACUCUUCACUGCAGCUGGGCCUAACCAUGACCCUGCACACCGAUGAGUCCUUCACCUUCAGCUACAGGGAUGCUGUAACCAUGGAGCUUGAGGACACCCUGUUCUUCCAGGUGACCCUGCAGACCAACAACUCCUUUGCGUCAGAUGUGCUGCUGCAGGUGGAGUCAUGCUGGGCCACUGAGAGCACCGACCCACAGGACGCAGUCCAGGGUGUUCUUCUUAAGGAUGGCUGUGCCGUUGACAACACGUUCCACUGGCUCUCUGUUAACGGCCGGGCACAGACGAGCAGAUUUUCCAUUCAGAUGUUCACCAUGCCCAAAGGGCUGCCCCUCUACAUCCACUGCCAGGCCAACGUAUGUGGACAUGUCGAGGACUGUUCAAAGAAAUGCACCAGCCAGCAGCGCCCUAAGAGGUCAUUGAGCCGGACGGGCAGAGAGGGGAGACGAGCUGCUGUUGUGUCAGCUGGACCUCUGGUGGUCAUCAACAGGAGAGGGGUGUCAGGAGUCCCACCAUCUGACUGGGCAGAGCACAUGACUAUGAUCUCUAUUGUGGCCGGAUCAAUAGGCUUUUUGGGGGUAACCAUACUCUCAGUGAGCGCAACCAAAGCAAUCAUGACUUACUAUGAGCAUCUACGGCUGCAAUAAAGUGUUUGGAACACUAUCUGUGAGUGUUAUGUUGGUCAUGAAGGAGAAGAGUCUUCUGAUGCAGAACAUUAUUUCUAAAAAGACGGAUGUUACAGAAAUUAUCUCAAUUCUAAUGAAAGUUUUUACACAUGAAACUGAAGGUGAAACUUGGGGUUUGAAAAAAAGGAAAUGGUGAGAUAAGAACUAUUUGAAUAUUACACAACAGGAUAGAGACAAACGCUACAAACAAUCCUUUUCGUGCAUUUAUAAUCCUUAUAAUAGUGGUGAGGUAACAUGGGUUAAUAGUGGAUAAAGAGGACUUCUUAGGCUCGAUGUAGUAGAACUAUGACUAGAUUAUGAGCCCAUGCGGUCAGUCGUACAAGUGCUUCUCAUGAUGGGUGUUUCUAUUUCCCUUUAUCUGGUGACCAAAACAUGAACUAAACUGUAGCUGUGACACUGACCUAACCCUCAUGUUUUAAAAUAAACUUCCCAAUGUCUCUUCUCUCAACCUCACAGUUCUUAUACUUCACUAUUAUCCUCAAAUAACAAUUUUGCUAGGUAAUUCAGAUAAUGUUGGCCUCAUGAGUCUGUCAGAAAUUGGCCGUGUUCCACAACAGCCCAUGUCAUAUUAAGUGAAUAUGGAGCUGGGGAACGUCUUUUGAGGUUCCCUAUUAUGUGCUUUAUAGAGCAGAGGAACUUAUAAACCUGGGAACAUUGGACCCUUUGUCAAGUUCUCGUUAUGUUCCAUAUAGAUCUUGGGAACAUGGGACGUUGGGAACACAAUGCAGCCUGUUUUAAAGACUGGAUAUCAUUAAUAACAAACGUACACAGGAACAUCAUUGCAACAGCAUCACCACUGCCUCGGUCUGAGGAAGGUUUUUGGCUUCUGGAGGGAUACUAGACUCAACUAGAAUGGGUUAAGGCCAUGUCCACAUUACUCCGUUUUUGUUUGGAAAUGCAUGUUUUGCUACGUUUACACUGAGCGUCCACACUACGCCAGAGUUUUAGAGCACCGUAAACGCAGGAGUUUGAAAACUCCGGGGUUGUGUUUUCGUGUGGACGGACGAAACCGGAUACAUUCAGAAACGAUGACGCCCACACGCACGUUCGCUACUUG